CAAAUCUAGGAAAGUAAAAGAUAGGGUCAUAACGGAAAAAUAAUAAUUAAGUAAAGCAACCAAUAAUAAAAGCACUCAUCAAUAACCACAGCAGCAGAGCAAGCCAGCACGCACUUCACGGCCACGCAUCUUUUAAUUAAAUCAGCUCACUGCUACCUCAUUCUUACACUCCUCCAUUGAACACAAACACUUGCAGACAAAUCUCCUCUUUUUACGCUCAUUUUUCUUUAAUUUACACUCUUCAUCUUCUUCCUUCUCUUCUCUUUGUUCCACUUCCAGAUCUACCAUUUUUUUAUUCUUUACUUCUGUAUUUUUCCUCUUGUACACUACACUCAUCUUUAUUUAUUUCAAAUUACAAAAUUACCAAAAUGUCCUCGUUCUUGCUACUCAUUUGUCUCGGCUUUUCCGUUUUCGUAAUGUUUUUCAGUCAUUAUGCAGCUGCCGGAGUAGUAACAUGCUCUGGGAUAGUACCGAUGAAGUACAGGUACGAUAAGAUAUCCAUAACGGACUUCGGAGGUGUCGGUGACGGUAAAACGGUGAAUACAAAAGCGUUUAGAGAAGCGAUUUAUCGGAUUCAACAUUUAAGAAGAAGUGGCGGCACGCUUCUUUAUAUACCUCCCGGUGUUUAUUUGACCGGAAGUUUUAAUUUAACUAGUCGUAUGACUCUUUACUUGGCUAGAGAUGCUGUUAUUAAGGCUGUUCAGGAUACUGGGAACUGGCCUUUGAUUGCUCCUUUACCUUCUUAUGGAAGAGGAAGAGAGCGUCCUGGUGACAGGUAUAUGAGCUUUAUUCAUGGAAAUGGACUGCAUGAUGUGGUGAUAACAGGUGAGAAUGGGACAAUUGAUGGGCAAGGAGAUAUCUGGUGGAACAUGUGGAGGCAGAGAACUCUCCAAUUUACAAGACCUAAUAUUAUUGAGUUCGUAAAUUCAAGAAGCAUAAUCAUAUCUAAUGUGAUUCUCAAGAACUCUCCCUUUUGGAACAUUCAUCCUGUUUAUUGCAGCCAUGUUGUUGUUCGGUUUGUUACGAUAUUGGCUCCACGUGAUUCUCCCAAUACUGAUGGAAUUGAUCCAGACUCGAGCUCUGAUGUCUGCAUAGAAGAUUCAUUCAUCUCCACAGGAGAUGAUCUCGUAGCUAUUAAAAGCGGGUGGGACGAAUAUGGGAUUGCUUAUGGUCGGCCAAGUUCUCGCAUCACAAUCCGUAGGAUAACAGGAUCGUCUCCAUUUGCCGGAAUUGCAGUUGGAAGUGAGACCUCUGGUGGAGUAGAGCAUGUCUUGGCGGAAAACAUAAACCUCUAUGAUAUGGGAGUCGGUCUACAUGUGAAAACAAACAUCGGAAGGGGAGGGUUCAUACGAAACAUCACAUUUUCCGAUGUUUACAUGGAAAAUGCACGAAAGGGGAUAAAAAUUGCAGGAGAUGUUGGAGAUCACCCAGAUGAAAAUUACAACCCAAAUGCUCUCCCAGUUGUUAAAAACAUCAUAUUUAAAAGUAUUUGGGGUGAGAAGGUUCUUCAACCAGGUUCCAUACAAGGCCUGAAGAACUCUCCGUUCACCGGUAUUAAUCUGUGCAACAUCAACCUUCACGGUGUGCCAGGGCCUAGAUCUACUCCAUGGAAAUGCUCCGAUAUAAGUGGGGCUGCUCUUCAGGUAAGCCCAUGGCCAUGCUCUGAGCUAGCUUCCACAAAUCGGAUAAAUUCUUGCUCUGAUCAUAUUUAAGAUUAUGCAAUUUAUUUCAUCUCUAUUUUAAAUAUUUAUUGUUGAAAAUCAAAAAGAACAUCCGAUUUCCCAUAUGCAACUCUACUUGCAGUGUAUGUAUAACUUAUGAAGUAAUAAAUAAUAAGAACCUGAAUUGUAGAAA